AUGAUGAACACUCUCGCAAACCACGGAUAUCUCCCUCACGAUGGACGACAAAUCACCAAACAGAAGCUGGUAGAGGGCUUAGGAGCGGGUCUGAACUUCAAUUCCUCUCUUGCCAAUCUGAUGUUUGAGAUGGCUAUCGUGGCUAAUCCAGAGCCCAACGCAACUUACUUCACACUGGACCAUCUCAACCGGCAUAACGUCCUGGAACACGAUGCAAGCCUAAGCCGCACAGACGCCUUCUUCGGAAGCAACCACAUCUUCAACCGCACUAUCUUCGACGAGUCGAGGGCCUACUGGACCGAGCCCGUUCUCACUGCCGAGAUGUUAGCCAACAGCAAGCUGGCGCGGCAGAUUAAUUCUAGAGCCACGAAUCCCACAUACACGUUCCCUAAGAUGACGGAGGAAUUCAGCCUGGGAGAGAUCGCCGCUCCGAUCAUCGUGUUUGGCAAUAUUGAGUCGGGGACGGUCAAUCGGACCUUGGUGGAGUAUUUCUUCGAGAAUGAACGGUUGCCGUUCAACCUGGGAUGGGCCAGAUCAGGGGAGAUGAUCAAUCAAGAGGACAUCCUCAAGGUGUCCGAGAUGAUUCGCAAGGCAACUAAUUUGUUGACUGAGACCAAGUCUGAGAAACAAAUUCGGCUUCGUGAUUUACACACGAGUUUUCGCGUCUAA